UUGUUCUCUUAAACCUAACUCUAGUUGAGCUACCAUUAAAUGAAAGUGUUCGCGCCGUUCAGUGAAUUUGUUUUAGUUUCUGCUGAAUUCUAUGUUGGACACAAAAUUACAGAUAACGAGGCCUACAUGAUGGUCUGAUGGUCUCAACUCUCAGCUUUGUCGUUCGUAUGCUCCUACUGCCUACUAAAAUUGGUUUUUAGACUUCACAUUUGUGAUUAGAGGAGCUCAUCAGUUUGCUCAAGUGACACUACCUCAUAGUUGCAUGACAAAAAAUUACAGCAGAUAGUACUUAGUACAAUGUACAAGCUGCAAGCAGUGAAAUGAUGCUAGGAUGUUCCCAGACGUUCGAUCAAUAACCCUGCGAGAGCUGCGGCCUCGCAGCAUCGCCGUGACCUUAGACUUAACAGUAACUGUAACUGAUCGCAUUUGUUCGAAGUUCUAUUUGACCAGAAAUAUUCAAACGAGACACUCGGCGAAAUAUGCGUCGUCGUGGGCAUAGAAUUUUGACGUUUUCUUUCACAGUCGGAAUAUAGAAGCGGGCCUUGUGUUUUAGUGUUAUCAUGAGAACAGUUAUACAUAAUGUGUUGUUAUUGUAAGUUAGGUAUAGCAGUGAACCAUGUGCGGAAGAAUGAAUGCAUUAAGGCCCCAUUGUUGAUCGUUUGCUUUGUAAGCAUCCAGACAUUGCAGUAGUUUUUGACUUUCUCUGAAUAAAUUUAAUAGUUCAAUUCUAACGGUUCAUAUUGGCACGCCUUUGCCGAGUAAUCGUCAACUUUAGCUGCAACCAAUGUGCCUUUCACUUCAGGGGUUUUCAACACGUAAAUAUUAUAAGCUUUUUCUAGUUAUGAAUAAUCACAUCGUAUUGCUCUCGACCCUCUACCUCAUCAUCGUGGGUUUCGUACUCCCUUACUUGCUACGCGAGAGAAUUUUUUCUAUGUUUUUUGAGCUCAACGAUUUGGAGAACGAGUUGCUGGAAGACACAAAGUUCCAUCAUCGUCAGAAGCACAGCAUGGCAUACUUGCAGGCCCUCGAACCUGGCAAAACUCUGCCUCUCUACGACGCACGGCUGCGCUCUGGCAACAUCAGUCACCUAAUCAUCGCGUUAGUUCGAGACCCUGACCACCGCCGUGGAUCACAGUAUUUAACACAGCUUGCUGUUGGCCUGCACGAAGCCUCGGUCGACGACAAUCAUACUGGGAUUUUUUUCUGCAAUGGCACAAGCGAGGAAAAUCCAUACCUUACUAAAGUGGCCCAGCAUUUUCCCGUGUACGACGUACCAAAGAGCAAUAGCGAGGACAAGCUCUCGUUUUCGUCCAAACGAGAGAACAAGCUCAAGACAGCCUUCUUGGAAUGCGUUCGUCUUGGGCUGAACCAGACCAACUCUGCACCACUGCUGGUGACCGUUUUCAACGACAACGUGCUUCCUUUACCACACUUCUCGCAGGACAUCAAGAAAAUAGUGAGGCACAAGCUUUCGCAUCGCAUGUCUUGUGGGGAACUUAUCCCCAGGUCGGACCAGUGGCUUUUCCUUCACCUGCAGGAGCCUGUGGGUCUUAGAUCUUACCGGUACGACACCGAAUCUCUUCGCGAGCUCCUGCUCAUCUCUUUAACAGGUGCCGUCGUAUUUCACGUGAUAUUUAAAGUUCUUGAUCCACAUCUGAGCUCUCGAAGUGUGUUGUUCACCUUCAUCUACGGUGGGUCGUUGUUCCUGACGUUCGCGCUAUGUAUGGGCCGGCCCUACACAACCGAGCUUCGUCGUGUCACUCCAGCGCUCUACAGGACCUACGAUCCUCCCGAAGCCUUGCAUUUCUCAGCCUUAACUUUACCGUCUUCCAGCUUCGGGAUGAUAGAGCCGCUUUUACGAACCAUCAAGUGUAGUCAAUAUGUUGGAUUUCAUAGAGUCUUAGACUCUCUUAUUAACAGUCUCGAAAUACCAGGCUACGUUGUGUCUCCUAGCCUCGUCCAGUACGUUUAAUGAACGUUCUACUACCGUAUUAUUAACUUUCUGUUACACCAUUGUAAACUAGACAUUUUUUUAUUUUUGAAUUUAAAGAUACGCUGAUGACUGUGAUAUUGCCAUAGGAAAUAGCCAUUAAUCGUAUUGACAUCUGACAAUGUUUCACACUUGCUCAUUUACUGCUUUUAUUGCUCAUUUAUUGCUUUUAACAAUAUUUUUCCAUGAAUUGUAUUGCACUAUAAUAUCCUCAUCAGCAGUGUUCUUUUUUCCUUGUCAUCUAUCUAAUGCCAGCAAAUAAGAGUCCCGGGGGUGUUGUCAUCUACACUUAUAUUAUUCCGCCAAUACCGUUCUCUAUGUUCGGCAACUACUGCAUGCGUUACGUCUAGUGCCAGAAGUGGAGUUAUUGUGCUAUAAGGGAAGAUUGAAUUGUACCUCGGGUCGAAUUGGCCUGCAUGGAUAUUAAACUUAUUUGCUGUAUCUUUGAGCAACGCGGCAGCUGCGAUACUAUAUAAUUCUAAUUUUUGUAAUUAUGUAUGAAACAUGUGAGUUGUUAUUCAUCCGAUUGUUUAGUUAUAUUCAGCAGUUUACUCAUAUAAUGAAGUCCUAUCUUGUGUUUCUUGACUGAGUAAAAAAAAAAUAUGUUUUCCACCGAAUAAUUUAAAACUUGAAGACUAGGGUGGAGGUUUGAAGACUAGGGUAGGGUUUUAAAACAUUAAAACUUGAAGACAUUCACGUGAGUUAACGCUGUAGUGCGCUGCCACACUCAUUUGAAAUAUGAUACGAACAAUGUACCAAUCAUAUUAUAUAAUAUUGGAAUAUGAUUUGUACGUUUUGCAUAUGCUAGUUGAUUAAAAUUUGAGAUUUUUCUGAUUAUUCAGUGAUAUGAUGGAUCUUUAGUUGUAUUUACUCGCAAAACUUCUUCGCAGCCUAUCAUGAAUAUUUAGAGAGGUUCCGUAUGGAUUAAAAUAAAAAUAAUUCUUUAUCCGCCUGGUGAAAUUCCUCUUUCAAUCCAAUGUUCCUCUUUGGCUAGUCGAAAUAGCUGUUGAAUUUCUAGCCAUGACGAUUCUCGUUGUAAUGUUUUUUAAUGUUUGGCUUGAUUUUGGAGCCAGACAUUUGGAAUUUGUCCGUCAAUGACAAGAAUUAAUUUAAAACUUUUAGGCAUGUCUUGGUAAAUGUUAGGGACGUGACUGGCCAUUCAAUCCAUGUGACUAUCUGGUUUAGGACUCUCGGUUAAACAUUUUUCAACAUGCCUAGUCGCAUGUAACGUUAGCUGAAACUCGUUGCAACAAUUCAGAAUACUUUCAUGGUUAUUUCAUUGGUUUUAUUACAAAAUAUAUUGUUUAAUAUUUACAGUCGCCAGAUUUUAGAGGAAUUUCGUUAGAUUUAUUCUGAUAUUUCUAAAAAAAUAAUAAGCCUGUCGAUAGGUAAGCUUAAUCCUUCAUAACACGUUUUUUUAGCACUUGCAAGUGAGCAAGCAAUUUUAUGAGUGUGUGCAGCAACAAUUAAUAGCUUCAAUAAUCAUACCAAUGAAUAUGUGCAUGCUCAUGUAUUUUUCUACGGGUUGUUAUGGCAACUUGCAAGCAUAAAACGGUACAUUUGU